AUGCUUCAGAGGCUGCCCGCUGAUUUUCAUGUCACUCUCCUUGGAAAGAAGGUCACUCCAUCUCCUUCAGCUCGGGACCUUGGCCUGCAGGUGGACAGCACUCUAAGCUAUGAUGAACAUGCCACCCAAACAGUGUCCUCGUGCAUAGGUAGCCUAUGUCAGAUUAAUAGGGUAAAGCAUCUGUUUGAUGCUAGGACAUUAGAACGGGUUAUAAAUGCCUUAGUGUUUAGCAAGUUAUACUACUGUUCUCCGGUGUGGUCUAAUACUUCAAAGAAAAAUAUCUCGAAGCUGCAGAAAGUUCAGAAUUUUGCUUGUAGAAUUAUCACUGGAAAGCGGAUCAUAUAACACGGAUCAUAUAACACCGGCAUUAAGAGAGCUAAGGUGGCUCCCCGUGACCAGUUUUCUUAAAUAUACACUUGGAGUUUUAGCAUUUAAAUGUGUUAAGAAGUUAGCCCCUAGCUACCUUUGUCAUAGAUUUAAGACACGUGAUUGCGUUCAUGACCGUAAUACUAGAUAUAAGAAUAACUUGAAUAUCCCAGCUUAUAAGUCAGCUUCUGGGCAACGCAUAUUUUUAUACCGUGCAACGAGUUUCUGGAAUUCUCUUCCAUGUGAAAUAAGAGGAUGUGAUAAUUUGCCAAUCUUCAAGAGACAUUUAAAGGAAUUUCUCAGUAGUUUUUAA